GGAACAUGUAGCGGAUACGAAACCAGCGGUCCAGAUCGUUGCUCCAUCGUCAAAUCCAAUGGUCAAAAAGCCCUCCGUGCAAGCACACACUUAUCGACUAACAACGGUGAAGAAGGGUCCACGUGUCCAGCGGAUAGAGGCUUAUUAAGCCUCUGAUCCAACGGACCCUGCUCAUUCCAUUCUUCCAUUUUCUCUUCACUCUCUCUCGCUGGAAGUCAACUGAAGGCAGAGUAGAGUGUUGAAUUUGUUGAGCCUUCGGAAUCCGCGCCGAGUCCAUGGCUGACUCGGACAACGACUCGGGAGGAGCGCAGAACGCGGGGAACAGCGGCUUCAGCGAGUUAUCGCCUCGGGAACAGGACCGCUUCCUUCCAAUCGCCAACGUAAGCAGGAUCAUGAAAAAGGCUCUGCCGGCGAACGCCAAGAUCUCCAAGGACGCCAAAGAGACCGUGCAGGAAUGCGUGUCGGAGUUCAUAAGUUUCAUAACCGGCGAAGCUUCCGACAAGUGCCAGCGCGAGAAGCGCAAGACAAUCAACGGCGAUGACCUUCUGUGGGCGAUGACCACCUUAGGAUUCGAGGACUACGUGGAGCCUCUCAAAAUUUACCUCCAGCGCUUCCGCGAGAUCGAGGGAGAGAAGACCGUCGCCGCACGCGACAAGGACGCCGCCGCCUCCUCCUCCGUGAGCGGCUACGACUACUCCCCGUCCUCCGCCGCCGCCAUGAUGCAUCAUCCGGGCCACGUCUACGGGUCCCCCGCGUUCCAUCAAGUGAGUGCCCCUCCCGUUAUGGGUAAGCCUGGACCUGGGCCUGGGCCUGGUCCCGGGCCCAGUUAUCCUGCCCCUGGUAGACCCAGAUAAUAGAUACACACAUACAUCUACGUGGUCCUCCAUUUGCCACUCCUUUUUCUUAUUAGUAUAUUAAUUUUGAAAUCAUAAAACGGCAUAUGCAUGACUCAUCAUCAUCAUCAUCAUAACAAAGACUAAUGCUUCAUUAAUUAAUUAUUUAAUUAAACUUUGAAGUGAAGAAAAUUGAAGGAAUUUUUGAUUGGGGUUGUGCACGCACUCUGUAAAGUUAAGACAGUGACGAGUGGGUGGGUUAGUGAUGUUACUGUUAUUGUUUCUAUCAUACUACCUAUAGUACUUCUUAAAUCUUUUCUUAUUUUUUUAUUUUUGUACCAUAUGUAAUGUAUUAUUACUAUUUCUUAGUUAUCAUUGUUUAUUUACCUCCAA